AUGCAAGGCUAAUAUGUGGCAGUUGUCUUUCUUAAUCUAAUUUAGACAUAAUAAAUUGUAGAUGUUAGGAAUAUUGUGGAUCUUAUCUAAGUCUAUGAUCAUCCAGAAAAUACGUUUUAAUUUACUGAUGUUAGAGAAAAAACAGUUUUAGCUCAAUUUUUAUAUGAUUAAAAAAUACAAUUCAAUUUGAUAAAACAAAAAAUUGAAUAGUUGUUAGAUGAAUUGGCAAUAUGGUAAUCAGAAUUAGUGGAAUAAUCAACCAAUUUACUUAAUGUAAUGAAAAAAGAUGAUUUUAAAUCACUUUUUUAAUAACUUACAAAUCAGGAUAAAGGUGUCAAAAAAGAGGUCAUCUAGGAGUUACAAAAUAAAUUUUAUAAUUAUUUUAAAUCUAUAGAAGUGAUGAACUAAGUGUCUACAUAAAAAGAUUUAGAAAGCUUGGACUAAAUUUAUGAUAAUAUGAACAAAAAAAUUAUUAUAAGCGGAUAAUUCGAAGAAUUAUUUCAGUUAGUCAAUAAAGCUGAAAUCGAUUAUUUAUAAAUUGCAAACCCUUUUACCCAUUUAAUAAUGAAUACUAUUUAAAAAAAUGUUAAGAGAUAAAUUAUAAAAAAAUAGCCAAUUUAUCGAAGUAGAGAAAAUGGAUUAACAUUUGAUGCGAUUAAGAAUGCGAUAGUUGGAAGGUAAAACUUGCUUUGGUUUUUUAAAUCAUCAAAUAAUGGGUGUACUGAAUUUGGUGGAUAUACUCCAUAUAGUUGGUAAGAUGACCGUAAGCCUUGGGGAGCAACUGUCUCAAAUCCUUCAUUUUUAUUUUCAAAAACUUUAAAAUAAAUUUACCCAAUAAUCAUAGAGAGGGGAGGUCUUGCAUAAUAGUUUUCUUAGGCAAAUUUUAUUUUGUUUGGUGGUACUUGUAAUGGCGAUGAAGAUUUACGAAUAAAUCCUGAUUUCAAAUCAGGGUAUUCUAGACUGGGAGUUACAUAUUAAGCCCCUGCAGGCCUUGACACUACAAAACAUUCAACUCAUCUAUUUGGGGCACUAGCACCAAAUGUUAUUGAAUGUGAGAUUUAUUAAAUAUUUUUUGAAUGA